GGGAUGCUGUCCACCAGGCCGCGCUGUCGAGUUUGACAGGUCUCGUUUCUCCCACAUCCAUGAGCCGGUAGGACUGAGGGAGUGCGGCCGGGAGUGGGGUUUUGCCACCCGUCACGGUUCCGAUCCCCGAUGGCGGAGACCAAGAUAAUUUACCACAUGGACGAGGAGGAGACGCCGUACUUGGUGAAAGUGGCGGUGCCGCCGGACCUGGUCACUCUCGGUCACUUCAAGCAGGUCCUCAAUAACAGGCCGACCAGCAGCUUCAAAUUCUUCUUUAAGUCCAUGGACCUUGACUUCGGAGUUGUAAAGGAAGAGAUUUCUGAUGACAAUGCCAAGUUACCUUGCUUCAAUGGAAGAGUGGUUUCAUGGUUGGUGCUGGCUGAAGGUUCGGCUUCUGACGGAGGCUCACAGUGUGCAGAGAGUCAAUCAGAGCUACCUCCCCCCAUCGAGAGGACGGGAGGCAUCGGCGACUCCAGGCCACCAUCCUUUCACGCAAACACUGCCGGCAGUCGGGAUGGUUUGGACAACGAUACCGGAACAGAAUCGAUCUUGAGCAUCAGACGGGAGCGGGACAGGCAUCGGCGAAGAAAUAGAGAGCGAGAGAUACACGAUGACAUUGCACGAGUAAAUGGACACACAAAACCAGAUCGGCAUCGAAAUCCAGGUGGUUAUGAUAGCGCCUCCACUGUGAUGAGCAGUGAAUUGGACUCGAGCAGCCUUAUCGAAUCCGAUGAUGACAAUACCAGCAGAUUAAGCAGCUCAAUGGAGCAGAGUGCUUCCUCUCGACUCAUGAAGAGACACAAACGCAGGAGACGGAGGCAUCGUAUGAGACAGAUGGACAGGUCCUCAUCACUGAGCAGCAUAACAGACUCCACCAUGUCACUCAAUAUUAUCACUGUGACGCUAAACAUGGAGAAGUACAAUUUCCUGGGCAUUAGCAUCGUAGGUCAGAGUAAUGACCGGGGAGAUGGCGGGAUAUACAUUGGGUCAAUAAUGAAGGGGGGAGCAGUGGCAGCUGAUGGCAGAAUUGAGCCCGGUGAUAUGCUUCUGCAGGUCAAUGACGUCAACUUUGAAAACAUGAGUAACGAUGACGCUGUAAGGAUUCUCCGGGAAAUCGUCUCAAAGCCUGGACCCAUCAGCUUAACGGUAGCCAAGUGCUGGGACCCCACCCCCAGGAAUUAUUUCACUAUUCCAAGAACAGAACCUGUGAGACCUAUUGACCCAGCAGCCUGGAUUACCCAUACCACUGCCAUGACAGGAACAUUCCCUCGCUACGGUAUGAGUCCCACCACCAGUGCCAUUACCUCCACCAGCUCUUCACUAACCAGCUCCAUCCCAGACUCAGAAAAGUUUGAAGAUUGGCCACUAACAGUUAAAAGUGAAAUGCCAGUCAUUGUCAAGGCAAUGCAGUUAUCUGACUCGGGACUGGAGAUCCGUAACAGGCUAUGGUUGAAGAUCACAAUUUCAAAUGCGGUCAUUGGAGCUGAUGUGGUUGACUGGCUUUACUCACGUGUGCAGGGAUUUAAAGAUCGUCGCGAAGCAAGGAAAUACGCAAGCAGUAUGCUGAAGCACGGCUACCUUAGGCAUACAGUCAAUAAAAUUACGUUCUCUGAGCAAUGUUACUAUGUUUUUGGAGACCUCAGUGCCAAUAUGGCUGGCUUGAGCUUAAAUGAAGGGUCCAGUGGAACAUCAGAGCAUGACACUCUUGCACCGCUCCCACAUCCAGCUUGUCCCUGGCAGCUGGCUCAGGGAUUCCCAUAUCAGUAUCCACUGCCUCAGUCAUAUUAUCCUCCCACCUGCCAAGAGCCUUCCCUGAACUUUGGAAAUGGCAGCGCUGGAAGCCAGCAGAGUGAAGGCAGCAAAAGCAGUGGAUCCAGUCGGGCAGUAGCUGAGAGAAGAGGCUCUAUGGGGAAGGAAAAGGAGCAGAAAACAGAGUCCAAGAUGGUGGGGGUUGAGAGCGAACCAGACCGCAUCACUGGAAACAUCGUGCUCUGUGAGCGACCAGCAAGCCAGCUCAGUCAUCACAGCCACUGCUCUCAUGGACCUCCAGGGGUCCCACCAAUCUACCAGCCCACAAUCCAAAAGUCGACUGGCCCUCCCGGAGCACCUCCUGUCCGAGAUCUAGCAUCUGUCCCCCCUGAGCUCAUCAGUAGCCGGCAGUCCUUCCAAAAGGCCAUGGGUAAUCCAUGUGAGUUCUUCAUCGACAUCAUGUGACAGCACCGUCUUCUCGCACUAAACAACACUGAAAUAUUUUGCACACAGCACUGUUUGUGACUCAUCUUUAAUGUGUCAGGAAUCCCAGGCUUCUAAUUCUAACCACGAUUCAAUUUCUCAUCUGUCCUUGUUAAUAGAAGUUUGAAUUUGUUGGUUUUGGCAAAUAAUGGUGCCAAGCACUGCUUUGUGUUGGUGUGUUCCACGUCUCAGUGCCGUCAUCAGCUUCUCUGUACACUGUAAAGAGAUGAUGAAGUUCUUCUCAUCUAGAUACUGUAGAUGUUAAUUGGACUAUUUUGGCCCCUCUCUCACAUAGGUCCUCACCACCCACUCAUCUCUUUAGUGACAUGUUAAAGUGCUCCCUGGUUUCUCAAUGUACUUUGUCUUAUCCCUUUAGCAAGCACCUUUCCCAUUGUAAAGAAACGACACAGCACAUUUGGGCAUGUCUCCUUUUCCAGCUUAGUGGUGCCCAAGAUAGCAGCCUUUCAAAAAGUGCCGUGAGGAAUUUCAAAAAGAUUAAAAUGCAGGACUUGACACUUAUGCAGCUUUUGCACUCUGCAACUAUUUCUACUGCAGUUUUAAGGGAAACUGUCCUCUCUGAGCUAAUGUACCCUGUGCAUGUGAUGUAUUUUGGACAUCCCCAGAUUGUCGUAGAGACUUUGAAAUUUUGAUCAUAGUUACUGCUAAAUGAUACAUGGUCUCAUUGCCAUUUAAUCAGUUUUUGAAAGGUUUAUGCUCUGUCCAGAACAGCUGCUUAUUAGAAAUGAUUCUUUUUGGGUUUUUUGUGCCACUCCCAACAACGAGACUGUCAGAAACUAAACUGCAGUUGUAAGGAGAUGUUUUGGUUGUUUCCAUUCCCCCCCCCCACCUCCAAAUUCCCCUUCUCCUUUGAAAAUGUUCUUCCUGAGAUUCAGUCAUCUCUUCUCCUGGUGACUCUUGCUGGAUUAUGGCCCCUCGUCUUCUCUCAAAGGUGCUGGCCGUUCCUGAUGUGCACAUCUGCCUUUUAUGUGACUAUCCUUCAGGUGUAGAGAGUGUCAGCAGAUUAUUUAAAGGAAGAAUCACAUUCCUGCUCUCCAGUUGCUAGACACCUCCCACCCCCACCAGCAUGGCUAACGAGAUAAGUUUCAAAAUCUUGCUCUUGGCACUUUACAUGUGAACAUAUGAACAUGCAAAUUAGCAGUAGGACUAGAAAUGUCUUUCCCCGAACUCUGUCGUAAAUUAGUGACUCUCCUUAAACAAUGAUCCAUAAUUUAAAUCAUCUCACAAAAGGAAAAAUCCUCUUCACUUGCACUCUGUUUCAAUCAAGUCUGCUCUCACAUUUCUAAAUUCUGACCUUUCCUUCUCUUUUGAAAAUGCUGCCCUUUACUCAGAUCCAAACAUCUCUCCUCAAUCUUUCUAUAUAAGAAAACUUGCCCACUCAAGGUCUAAUAAUUCUUCCCUAAUGAUGUGAAUGGUCACAUUUUUUUUAUGAACUCCUUCCAACAAAUUCACAUCUGUGGUUUGACUGAGGUAUAACCUCCAUACUUUAGUAUUCAAUUCCUCUAGCCUCAAGCAAUAACAUUGUGUUAGCUCUCCUAAUUGUUUGAUAUCCUUGCAUACUCGUCUUUGCACAUCAUGUACAAGGACACGUGGCCCUCUCUGUAGCCUCUCACCAAUUAGAUUUUGUUUUAUUUUUCCUACUAAGAGGAUGUAAUUAAGCUAGAGGGAGUGCAGAAAAGCUUCAUAGGGAUGCUACCCGGACUGGAGGGUUUGAGUUGUAAGGAGUAACAGAAUAGGCUUGGUCUGUUUUCUCUGGAACAAAGAAGUAUAAGAGGUCUAUGAGAGGCAUCGAUAGGCUAGGAGCCAAGUAUCUGUUUCCUAUGGUGGAGAUGCUCAAAAUUAGAAAGCAGCUUUAAGGCAACUGGGAGGAGGUUUAAUGGCGAACUGAGGGGUAUUUUUUCCCCACACAAAAAAGUAGUUGGUAUCUGGAAAGAGCUGCUAGAGAAGGUAGUGGUGGAGAUGGGAGCAAAUGGGAUUGGUAUAGAUGCUCGGCAUAUACAUGAUGGGCCUAAGGGCCUAUUCUAUGCUGUACAACUCUGACUGUAAAGGAUAAUUUUGUAUUUUUGCACGUUAUAUUCCAUUUGCCAAAUCCUUGUUGACUCGCUUAACAUAUCUAUACUGGCAGCCUUCUCUCGCUUACUUUCCUCCUUAUCUUUGUGUCAUCAGCAAAUUUAACAAAUGUACCUUUGGUGCCUUCACCUAAGUCAUUUAUAUAAACUGUAAACACAAAAAGCUGAGGCUCUAACACAGAUCUCUGCAGCACCUCUAUUAACCAAGUAGUCCUCUGUCUAUACAAUGAAUUUUUAUAUUCUACAAUUCUGCCAUUCUUUGCCAAUCCUGUCAUAACUGUGACAAUGAUUUUGCCACACUCCCUCUCCCUAACCAGCCCAGCUUUCUCAAUACCUUUUCUUAAGGCGAGAAUGCAUGCAAACGCACUACACUGGGGUAUGCAUCCCUCUCUCUAAGGGAAUAAUACUAGAAUGGGAAACCUGAAAAAGCAGGCAUAAAAGCCAGGGGUUUUGUGUGUAAUGAUAGUUUCCUUUUAUUUCAGAGAAUGAGGAAAUGGUGCAGUGCAGAGAGUCAUAUUCAAUUCCAUCAGGUCUAAAUACAGCCUCAGUCAGAGCAUCAAAGUGUGAAGGGAACUGGAUUAAUCUUAAGUUCUGGUUGUAGCCCUAUUCCUUGGCACACAUCAGUGCACAGGUGAGUGUGAAUGCUGUUACAUUUGCACCAGCAGCAACAUUCCAGGACUCUGAAACAUUCUUUGAAGAAAAUAAAUAUUUCAAAGCUUGUUAAGAUUUCAAUCUUAGCAUCUAGUCACACAGAAGCUGCUUCAAGCAUUGCUUCAUUUAAGGCCAUCCUGUGGGCACCUCGAGGCAAGGGCUCGGAGGAAUGAAAGAUCAAGCAAGGUCGGCAGAAAACAAAGCCCAGUCUUUGAACAUUGGCACAGUUGAUCCGGUGCUUAGACUUUGGAUUGUAAUAAUGAAAACAAUGCAGAUAUAUUGAAGAGUUCAAGAAUAGUAAUCAUAAUUAAGUGAGGAAAUGUAAAAAAUGUACAGUAGAAGAUUAAAUUUUAUUAAAUUAAUUAUUGUAACUAUUCUGUAGCUCCAACUCAAAGGUUCUGCCCAACCUUUCAGUUGUUGGGAGCUGUCGUUAUGUGUACCAGUGUUGUAGAUACUGUAUUCAGUUCCUGUGUCUCAAUAGUUAAUAUAUCACUGCCUUGGUGUAAAGCUAUUUUAAACACUAAAAAUCACAUUUUUCUUGUCUUUCUUUGUUUCUGUGGUUUUUUUCACUUGUUGUAUUGUCAGUUUUAUUUUACUGCUUUUGGAAAGAAUAUUCGAUAAAGAUCACGAGAGUCCAGCUCCGUGAGAUUGGAACCUAUCUUGCAAACUCAGCAGCAGUAUUCCACAUUAAUGACAGCUUAUCUCACCCUUGGGAUCAUAUUGUCAAGAGGUGGCUGAUAAUAGAGGUGUUGGUUAUGUUAACAUUGAUACACAAUGCAUUAUGUUUAGAGUAAGGUUCCUUCUGCACUGUUCUGUUUUAUAUGCUGAGAGUAGGGACAGAAUAGGCUGGAUACCGAAUACAGCUCCUCAUAAACCCUCUCUUCAAAUAUUCCCUAGUUAGGUACACUAUGAACUAGGUUAAGAGCAAAGCAUGCACUGUCCUAUGACACCUGUGGAGUUGCUUGGGGCAAAUUGAACAGACACAUUAUUAUCUUCUUGAUUAUUCAAUUUUGAUAUUAUUUGUAUUGUUGACUAAUUUCUCUUUGCAUCCAUCUUGUGUAUUAAUGUAAACUUCACGGUCACUGAACUGCAUGUCACCUAGAGCAAUUACACUCUUUUGGGCACUGAAGUGCAUCCACUUGAUUAAGUUAUGCUCCAUGAUUAAAUGGAAAUAAAGCGCUUGCAGUUUAAUAAGAUAUUCUGGCAGCCUGGUUGGCAUGUGUAAGAGUGUGAGUGAUUAGGGAUGAGCAUCCUGCCAUAGUUACUGUUGGAACUGGUUUCUAGCCUGCUCUUCGCCAGGAGGCUGGGAGGAGAAAAUAACAGACACUAUCAAUUAAAGACAAAUAGCCAAAGGUUAGGUUAUAGGCUGGAUAACUAAGUUAUGUUUUAGUAUUCUUUCAUGAAAUGUGUCACUGCCAAAACCAACAUUUGGUGCCCAUCUUUAACUGCUCUCACAAAGAUUGACUGCAACAUUUCAAUCUAUGCGUUAAGGGUUUCUCUACAGUGCUGCUGGAGGAGGGUUGCGGAAUUUUUAUCCAGCGGAUUCUCCGGCGUGUAUAUUUUCUACAAUUUCAAAACAUCUCCCAGAUUCUACUACUUCAUCAACACACUGGGGGAAAUUUACAAUGGCCAAUCAGACUACCAACUUGUACAUCUUUAGGAUGUAGGAGGAAACUGGAGUACCUGGAGGAAAUCCAUGCAGUCACAGAGGGAGUGCAAACUCCACACAGACAGUCCCCAAGGUCAGAGCUGAAACUGGGUCUCAGGCACUCUGAGGCAGUAGCUCUAUUAGCUGCAUAGCUGCACCACUGUGCCACGCUUUUCCUGUCCUUCUAGAGUAAUGCUUGGAUGUUUUUAAAGAUUCUAGUUAAACCUGACUUUUCCAUGUGAUAGUUCUCACAAUUUUUGGAAUAAGUCUUCAGAUUUAUUGAAGAGGACAUUGUUUAAGUGUUUUUAAAUGGGAUUUGAUUUUCUUUGGAGUUAUGUUGUGAUUUGAACUUGUGUCUCCUGAUUACCUGCCUGGUAACUACAGGCUAGCUAUGAUUUGUUACCAGCAAUGAAAACAAGGCAUUCUCUUGUUUCAGCAAUGGUAUUUAUUUGGAAGUACAUGUAUACUCUGUCACUUUGCACACUGAUCCAUUAAUGACUGAUGUGGGUAACUUAAUAAUCAACAUGGCUCAUUAAUGUUGUUUGUUUGUAAAUUUCAGAGCUGUGUAAACAUUGGCCUGGAAAUCACUUCGCACUAUUUUGACAUUAAAACUGUUGUACGCCAUUCUAACUGUAUU